AUGAGCACAUCCACCACCACCACAAAUCUUCCUCAUCGCAUCAAACCAAAAGAAGUCUCAGCAGAGAGCACAGCUUCCACCUCCAAACUCUCCCAGAAAACAAUCUUACACAUCCUAAACACAAAAUGCACCACUUCUUUACAACAUCUCAAGCAAGCCCAUGGUGUUGCCCUGAGGUCAGGCCACUUUCAAGACCAUUAUGUGGCAGGGGCCAUAGUUAAAUGCUAUGCAAGUCAACAUUUCAGCAACUUUGGGUUUGCUUUGAAGGUCUUUGAUUCUGUGUGGAGGCCCAAUGUUUUUGUGUGGAAUAUUGUAAUUAAAGGUUGCCUAGAGAACAAUGAGGCCUUGAGUUGUAUAUCAUAUUAUUCUAAGAUGGUGGCUAUGAAUGCUAGGCCUAAUAAGUUCACCUAUUCUAUAUUGUUCAAGGCCUGCACAUUGGUUCAAGCUGUAGAGGAAGCUCUGCAAAUUCAUGCACAUGUUGUCAAAAAUCAGUUUGGUGAAGAUGGGCACAUAAAAAGUGCUGGAAUUCAGAUGUAUGCAUCAUUUGGGCUUGUAGAGGAGGCAAGGAGAAUGCUAGAUGAGGCUUCGGAAUCGAAUGAUGUGAUUUGUUCGAACGCGAUGAUUGAUGGUUACAUGAAAUGUGGAGAUGUAGAAGCAGCUAAAGAAUUGUUUGAGAAGCAUAUGCCAAGUAAAAAUGUUGGUUCUUGGAAUGCAAUGGUGAGUGGCCUUGCUAAAUGUGGCAUGUUGAAAGAGGCAAGGGAGUUGUUUGAUGGCAUGAGUGAAAAGGAUGAGAUAUCUUGGAGUGCCAUGGUUGAUGGUUACAUAAAAGGAGGGUGUCACAAGGAGGCCUUGGAAAUUUUCAAUGAGAUGCAGAAGGAGAACUUACUUAGUCCGAGAAAAUUUAUUUUGUCAAGUGUGCUAGCUGCCUGUGCCAAUGUGGGAGCAGUUGAUCAAGGAAAGUGGGUUCAUGCUUAUAUCAAGAGGAACACCAUUAAAUUGGAUGCAGUGCUAGGGGCUGCUUUGCUUGAUAUGUACGCCAAAUGUGGGCGGCUAGACAUGGCGUGGGAAGUGUUCGAAAAUAUCAAACAGAAAGAGAUUUCCACAUGGAAUGCCAUGAUUGGCGGGCUUGCUAUGCACGGUCAAGCAGAUGAUGCAAUCGAUCUCUUCUCCAAGAUGCAAAGGAGUAAGUUAGAACCAAAUGGAGUUACUUUUCUGAAUGUCCUAAAUGCUUGUACUCACUCGGGUUUUGUCGAUAAAGGUCUAAACUUCUUUAGUUCUAUGAAGAAAUUUUAUGGUAUUGAGCCUGAGGUGGAGCACUAUGGGUGUAUGGUUGAUAUGUUUGGAAGGGCAGGGCAAUUGGAAGAGGCUGAGCAGCUUAUAAAUUCAAUGCCAAUCAAACCCAAUGCAGCUGUUUGGGGGGCCUUGUUAGGUGCUUGCAGGAUACAUGGAAAUGUUGAAAUGGGAGAGAGAGUUGGAAGGAUUUUGCUUGAAUUGGAGCCUCAAAAUAGCGGCCGUUAUGCAUUGUUGUCUAACAUUUAUGCAAAGGCAGGCAGGUGGGAUGAUGUUGAAAAAGUUAGAACGUUGAUGAAGGAAAGGGGGGUCAAGACAAGUCCUGGAAUUAGCAUGGUUGAUAUUGGUGGCAUGGUUCAUGAGUUCAAAGUGGGAGAAGGGUCACACCCACAAAUGAAGGAGGUCUAUUUGAUGCUGGAAACGAUCAUAGAGAAGCUGCAGAUGGAGGGUUACUCACCAAAUAGCUCCCAAGUUUUGUUUGACAUUGCAGAGGAGGAGAAGGAAACUGCACUGCAAUACCACAGCGAAAAGCUUGCUAUUGCUUUCGGUGUCCUGAACACGAAACCUGGAACAACCAUUCGUGUUACGAAGAACUUAAGAACUUGUGAGGAUUGCCAUUCUGCCAUAAAGAUCUUUUCGAAAGUAUACGAGCGUGAUAUAAUUGUGAGGGACCGUAUGCGCUAUCAUCAUUUCAGAAAUGGAAGAUGUUCCUGCAAGGAUUUUUGGUGAGGUCUUGAAUUUGUUAAGCUUAAAAGUGUCAAUGUAGGUGGAGCUGGGGAGCAUACACAAGAGAUGGUGUUUGAAAACUCCAUCCAGCAAUGAAGAAAGACCAAGGCUCAUGAUUUUGUUGGGAGGAAUGGCAGUUUGACAUUCCAAAGAAAUAUAGGCUUUGCAUGUUGU